UCUGACUUUUCAGUUCACAGUAGGUAAGAUACACAUUACUCAGGUCCCGUCACCUGAACUGACUCCCCAGCUUCUCCUCUAUAGGUAAGAGAUAUUUGUCAAGUCCUAUAUGAAGAGUAACAAAAUACUGUCAAUAAUUCUGUUAACUUUUAAGAAAUUUAAUAUACUUUUUAUUUUGUGUGCUACAGACAGAAGUAGUAAGCCCUUGGUAUUAUUUGUUUUCACAGAGUUUUUUUAUAAUUACAAUUUAUUAAUAAAGAUGGGAGAUUAUGAGUUCUUUGAAGAAUUUUAAGUGUUACUAGGUUCAUUUGAAAUAAUAAUAAAAAUAAACUCCAUAUGCCUAACUGCCUAUUCUCUCUGAAUAAAUACUGAUAGCCACAACAGCCCUACAAUAUUUAUAUCUGCCAGCAUAUGUUAAAUCCACCACUGCACUUGAAUAAGUAAAAGAAACAAGUUCUGUAGUCACUCUAUAGUCAGUAAAAUUAAUGGAAGUUGAGAGCUUUAGCAUGUCACAGUAUAGGGGUCCAAAUUUCCAGCCAAAAUAUUUGGUUAAUAGAGUAAGGCUGUCUCUUUUUUGGGGCUUGUGCAAAUAAAGAAAGUACCUCUUCUACAUUGUAAAAUGGUGGAAGAGACACGAGCAAUUAGCACAAACAAAACAUUUUCACUUGAUAAGUCAAUCUGGGCUGUUUUUUUCUGGCCAGUCAGCAGUGUCUGAAAACAAAGGAGACACAGCAGCUCUAGGAGACAGCUUGUCUGCCCAACCACUUUUCUGGGGGAUCUCUUAAUUUGAUUUAGAAAGCACAUAGCAAGCCUUCUAGGUGUCAAAAUUUAAUAUACCACAUAGCACGCUAUUGCCGCUGAUGCUGUCAGGCACGUGAAAGCCUAUAGCUAAUCUGUGUCUUUAGGGGAUAUACUUCUAUAUCUCGUCUCCACCUCCCCGGUUAUCACAACAAUCACAUGGACAGGCAAUAAGAUCUGGUGUUGUCUCAAGUGAUUUGAUAAGCAGUUGAUAACCAAGGGUUCAUUAAGCUCUUGGGGUAUAUAAGCCACAGGGUUUUCAGCAUGCCCCUGUACUUGGGAGGUUUGACAGCUCCCUGUUUGGCAAGCCAGGACUCACAGGAAGAUGUUGUUGACUGCAAAAAUACUUGUUUUCACUCUGAGUGGUUUCCUGAGAGUGGGCACAGGCUUUGACAUUGGACUAUCCACCAAAUGUGUAGAGAUACCCAAGGAGAUGGAUAUGUGCCACGAGAUUGGGUACUCCGAAAUGAGGCUUCCCAACCUGAUGGGACACACAAGCAUGGCAGAGGUCAUCCUAAAAUCUGCCACCUGGCAGCACCUGGUGCACACGGACUGUCACCCUCAUGUGAGGAUGUUCCUGUGCUCUCUGUUUGCACCCAUCUGUCUGGACACGUUCAUCCAUCCCUGUAGGAGUAUGUGUGUUGGUGUCCGGGACAGCUGUGCACCCGUGCUUGCCUGCCACGGGCACGCCUGGCCAGAAAGCCUGGACUGCGACCGGUUCCCUGCAGAUGAGGACAUGUGUCUGGCAUCGCUUACGAAGGAAUAUAAAUACUUGCACAAAGUCCUACCAAAGCCUGCAUGCCAGACCUGCCCAGCAGUGGAGGAAUUCUUUACACACAAAAGAGUUCUCGAAGUUUUCUGUGACAGUAACUUUGCCGUGAAAGUAAAGCUGUCCAAAAAAAGAGCAGUAAUCAGUGACCAAGAGUAUAACAUAGAGUGCCACGUGGAAUUCAUUACCCAGGGCUCACUCUUGCCUUAUGAAACUCAGCACAUGAUACAGCAAUGGCUGCUUAUCAAUGAAAAUUGUACACAGAGGAUGACUCAGACCCAUCGUCCUACGGUGUAUCUCCUUGUAGGGAAGAUUGAGGAAGGUAUCAUUUUAGUAAAUCAGAUUUAUCACUGGCAGAAGAGGGACUCCCAGCUGACUUUGGCCACUCAGAAGUGGAGGUACCAUAAAUGCUUGUAAAUAUUUAUCUUAUUACUUGUAAAAAGCUAAUUACACUUCUUAUGCCAAACUUAUCUUGUAAAUAAGAAUGUACUAUAAGUGGCAUGUAAAAUCUUUGUUUUCUUUUAAACUGUAUUAUAAGUUGAACUUAAACCCAGUGUUAUCAGGCCUACUUUCUGUACUAUUUUAGCUAUUUGUGAAGUUUGAACUUGGUCAUCUAUGUAUAAAGGUUUGAGUUAUUGCAAAAAUCUUUUGUAAUAUGUAUAAAAACUGAAAUGAAACAUUUUAAUCCAUCUCAGUACCUUUAGUGUAUUCUUCUAUAGUGUUCACCCUGCCAAUUUCUUGACUUACCAA